GUAACAUCUGAACAUACCAAACCACACAGUCAAACUCUUGCACCAUUGCUACCACGACAUUUUACCACAAAAGAAUGCCACUGCAUGUGGAUUCCAAGCAGGCUAAAAAGAAAAAGAACUGAUUAGACCUCAGACGACCCACUAAACGGGAUGACGGCCACAGCUGAGGUAGAGACACCAAAAAUGGAGAAGAGUGCCUCCAAGGAAGAGAAGCAGCAGCCUAAGCAGGACAGCACAGAGCAGGGCAACGCUGAUUCUGAAGACUGGAUGAGCUCUGAGAGUGACCCUGAACAGAUAAGCCUUAAGAGUAGUGACAACAGCAAGAGCUGCCAACCUAGGGAUGGUCAGUUGAAGAAAAAGGAGAUGCACUCCAAGCCACACCGCCAGCUCUGUCGAUCACCCUGCCUAGAUCGUCCAAGUUUCUCCCAGAGCAGCAUUUUACAGGAUGGUAAACUUGACUUGGAGAAGGAAUACCAAGCUAAGAUGGAGUUUGCACUAAAGCUGGGCUAUGCAGAGGAACAGAUUCAAUCAGUGCUAAACAAGCUGGGCCCAGAAUCACUUAUUAAUGAUGUAUUGGCAGAGCUUGUCAGACUUGGGAACAAAGGUGAUUCAGAAGGGCAGAUCAACUUGAGUCUGUUAGUGCCUCGUGGGCCCAGCUCCAGAGAGAUUGCAAGCCCCGAAUUGUCUCUUGAAGAUGAAAUAGAUAACAGUGACAAUUUGAGGCCAGUUGUCAUUGAUGGAAGUAAUGUGGCAAUGAGCCAUGGGAAUAAAGAAGAAUUCUCCUGCAGAGGAAUACAACUUGCUGUGGAUUGGUUUCUAGAUAAAGGCCAUAAAGAUAUUACUGUAUUUGUGCCUGCAUGGAGAAAGGAGCAAUCCCGCCCUGAUGCACCAAUUACAGAUCAAGAUAUUCUACGAAAACUGGAGAAGGAAAAGAUUCUUGUCUUCACACCAUCCCGAAGAGUCCAAGGCAGGAGGGUUGUCUGCUAUGAUGACCGGUUCAUAGUCAAACUGGCUUUUGAUUCUGAUGGCAUCAUUGUGUCCAAUGAUAACUACCGAGACCUUCAAGUUGAAAAGCCAGAAUGGAAGAAGUUUAUAGAGGAGCGGUUGCUGAUGUAUUCUUUUGUGAAUGACAAAUUUAUGCCUCCAGAUGAUCCAUUAGGACGCCAUGGCCCAAGCCUUGAAAAUUUCUUAAGAAAGAGACCCAUUGUUCCUGAGCAUAAGAAGCAACCAUGUCCUUAUGGCAAAAAAUGCACCUACGGCCACAAGUGCAAAUACUACCAUCCGGAGCGGGCCAACCAACCCCAGCGUUCGGUGGCUGAUGAGCUCCGCAUCAGUGCCAAACUGUCCACAGUGAAAACUAUGAGUGAAGGCACCCUGGCCAAGUGUGGCACAGGGAUGUCUAGUGCCAAAGGUGAGAUAACCUCAGAGGUCAAACGUGUGGCCCCCAAGCGCCAAUCAGAUCCCAGCAUCCGGUCUGUGGCUGUGGAGCCUGAGGAAUGGCUGUCCAUUGCCCGUAAGCCUGAGGCUAGUUCUGUCCCCUCGCUUGUGACUGCCCUAAGUGUUCCCACAAUCCCACCCCCCAAAAGCCAUGCAGUGGGUGCACUCAACACCCGUUCGGCCAGCAGCCCAGUGCCAGGAUCCUCCCAUUUCCCCCACCAGAAGGCCUCUUUGGAGCAUAUGGCCAGCAUGCAGUAUCCUCCCAUCCUGGUUACCAACAGCCAUGGGACCCCUAUUAGCUAUGCUGAGCAAUACCCAAAGUUUGAAUCCAUGGGGGACCAUGGCUACUAUUCAAUGUUAGGUGACUUCUCCAAACUGAACAUCAACAGCAUGCAUAACCGAGAGUAUUACAUGGCUGAAGUAGACCGGGGGGUGUAUGCCCGGAAUCCUAACCUCUGUCCUGACAGCCGUGUGAGCCAUACCAGGAAUGACAACUAUUCCUCUUACAACAACGUGUAUUUGGCUGUAGCUGAUACCCAUCCUGAAGGCAAUUUGAAGCUGCACCGCUCAGCAUCCCAGAACCGACUUCAGCCUUUUCCUCAUGGUUACCAUGAAGCCUUAACACGAGUGCAGAGCUAUGGCCCAGAGGAUUCUAAGCAAGGCCCCCACAAACAGUCAGUCCCCCACUUAGCUCUGCAUGCCCAGCACCCAUCAACUGGAACACGUUCCAGCUGUCCUGCAGACUACCCCAUGCCUCCCAAUAUCCAUCCUGGGGCAACCCCCCAGCCAGGCCGUGCCCUGGUGAUGACUCGGAUGGAUAGCAUUUCUGACUCCCGCCUCUAUGAGAGCAACCCCGUGAGGCAAAGACGACCUCCCCUGUGCCGGGAACAGCAUGCCAGCUGGGACCCGCUGCCCUGUGCAACUGACUCCUAUGGCUACCACUCCUAUCCCUUGAGUAACAGCCUCAUGCAACCAUGUUAUGAGCCAGUCAUGGUACGGAGCGUGCCUGAAAAGAUGGAGCAGCUUUGGAGGAAUCCUUGGGUUGGAAUGUGCAAUGAUUCCAGGGAGCAUAUGAUCCCAGAGCACCAGUAUCAGACCUACAAGAACCUCUGCAAUAUUUUCCCUUCUAACAUCGUCCUUGCAGUGAUGGAGAAGAAUCCCCACACAGCAGAUGCCCAGCAACUGGCAGCCUUGAUUGUUGCUAAGCUUAGGGCUGCACGUUGAUAUGACAUAGUACUUAUUUCUUUAUACAAAUAUGAAUAUUAGUACUAAUAAUACACUAAUACAAUAAUUAUAGUAACUAAUAAUUUGUGUUGCGCUUUACAAGUUACAGUGUUUAUAUCAUUUAAGCGCAUAACAACCCUGUGAGGUACGUCUUACUAACAUUCUCUUUUAUAGAGAAGGAAGGUGAAGGUCAGUGGAAUUAAGUGGCUAGCCAGGGUCACACUGCUAGCAAAUGACUAAGUCAAGACACACACCCAAGUCCUCUAAAUCCAAGUCCCAUGCCCCUUUGCACUGCACCAUGCAGGUAAUGGAGGACAAAACCCAGGGGGAGAGGUCUAGAUGUAAGAAAUCCCAGAGGAUUCCAUUACCAGAGUUUUCCUUUUUUUCUUUUCUUUUUUUUUUUUUUUUUUUUUUUGAGACAGAGUCUCACUCUGUUACACAGGCUGGAAUGCAGUGGCACUAUCUCUGCUCACUGCAACCUCCGCCUCCAGGGUUUAAGUGAUUCUAUGGCCUCAGCCUCCCAGGUAGCUGGGAUUACAGGCGUGCACCACCAUGCCCGGCUAAUUUUUGUAUUUUUAGUACAGACGGGGGUUCACCAUGUUGGCCAGGCUGGUCUCAAACUCCUGGCCUCAAGUGAUCCGCCCGCCUCAGCCUCCUAAAGUGCUGGGAUUACAGGUGUGAGCCACUGCGCCCAGCCUAUCAGAGUUUUCGUAGUCACAUAUUCUAUAUUACAAAGUAUGGAUGAUAUAUCCAAUUUAGAGAGCAAAAGCAUCAGGAUCAGAUCAUAUGUUGAAUUAACCUUUUAGGUUUUUUCUAAUAGAAAUAUUUAAAGCUAUUUAAAAGUAAAUGCAUACUUUAUUGCAUGGAUAUCUGAUCAUUUAAUCUUUAUUAACGAAGCUAUAGGGUCAUAUUGAAGCUUCUAGAACUAUAUUUUAAAUCUAUUAUUAGCAAUUAUAUUGCAUGUAUGAAUAUAUAUAUUUGGUUUGAGAUGUGUGUGUAUCUCUGUAUAACCUUUUAUAUAGCGAUAAUGAGAGGGUAGGCUCUACACGGUCCUUCGUCUAUAGCUGUAUAGGUCACUAAUCUGACUUGAUGAUUUUAAGUCACAUUUCAUAGUUUCAACUAGUUAUGAGAGUGAAAUUAUAUGGCAAUAUUUGAACAUUGCUUUCUUAGGUACCAGAGCAAAGCAACUCUGUUUCCUUUGCACAUUUUACCUGCCAACAUUUAUUAACAGUUCUCCUUCCAAGUCUCUUCACCUUAGCAAAUUAGGGAUCAGGUUGCAGUCUUCUGCAGAGAAACUGAUGGUUAAGCUCAAGUUCCAAGCAUAGUAUGUGUGUGCUACACAAGCUCAGAAGAGUUUGACAAGGACCAGGGGACUUACUACCACAAUCCACUUCCCUUAUCCCAGGAGAGAUGGCCAAACCCAUGUGGCAUUAAAUGGUGAAUAAAAAAGCUUCACUCAAGGAGGGACUAUUGGAUGCUCUUUGGACUUCUGACCUAUGCAGUAUUCAACAUCAUUGGAUGAAAUGUAAUGGAGGACAGUGCACAGCCAUGUAUCCACUUUCUCUUCCUGUCCACCCUUUGGGUAAUAAGGUCAAUCACUGGUGGAACAGAAUUUCUCUAGGAAACAAAACCAGGGGAUUUUCUUUGUGGAAAAAGGAAGUUUCCAAAAGGGGAUACUGCAUCUUUGCUAAUAGCUGGCUCAGUUAUGCACUUUAAAUCUAUGCGAAGAGUGCACUUGCUGUUAAAUAAUUGUUAGAUGAGUUAUUAGACGGCAGGACUUUUGGUUUGGGCGACACCAUUUGCGCAACUUGUAUCUUGCUCAGGGUGGAAAACUUCAUAGCUAAAUGCCUCUAGAAGAGGUGUUUAUUGUUUUUUUUAAGCUGCACUAAAUGAAUUCCCUUUUUGAAUCCAUUGUAUAUUUCAAUAUUUCGAACCAUGACCAGCUCACUAUUUCCUGAGCUGGAAAUUGCUAACUUCUAUGAUCGUUUUUUCAUGAAAGUUGAGAAGGCCGGGCCUUGGCCUUUUGUUUCUUCAUGAGAAGGUGUGACACUGCCUAUAAAUGUUUCUUACUGUGAAACACUCUGAAUGUGAGGCUGUAGUCAGGGUUGUUUCUGGUGGUUUGACAAUGGCUUGCAUGCUGCUUUCUGGCUUUCUGUCUCUGUCCAAGUUGAUCAAUACUGCAUCUUAACCAAUGUUUCACUUGAGUUAACCACAGCUUUACAUUCUAUCUCCUAUCCUCUGAUCUUCGUAUACCCCAGCAUAUUGAAAAAGAGUAAAAGUAUUUUCUAUCAGGUAGAUCCACAGAGUGACCAGUUGCCACUGCAGUGCUUGCUAUUUCACACAAACACCAUUUCAUACCUUCAACUUCUUGGACUUUCUAAAUCGGACCCGUGUCUAAAUCAGGGUAUUUGACAAUCUCAGAUGA